AUGGACGAGUGGCCGCCUACGCUGCGCAAGCGCUACCACCACGUCCGCGUGCUCGGGCAGGGUGCCUUUGGCGAGGUGGCCGUCGCGGUCGAGCGCGCCACCGGGCGCCGCGUCGCCGUCAAGCGCGUGUUCCUACGGGCGGGCGCCGAGCACGCUGCGCUGCGCGAGGCGCGCGCGCUGCAGGCGGCGGCGCACCCCAACGUGGUGGCUCUGGUGGAGGCCCUCUCUGAGGGAUCUCAGCUGUACUUGGUUCAAGAGCUCUGCUCAACAGACCUCUCGCGCCUCAUCGCCGCCUGCUACGACCCGCUGCCGCCCCAGAUCACCAAGGGCCUCCUGAGGCAGCUGCUGCUCGCGCUGGACGCCUGCCAUGCAGCGGGAGUGAUGCAUCGCGAUGUGAAGCCCUCAAACCUGCUCAUCUCGUUCGAAGGACUCCUGAAGCUCGCAGACUUCGGCCUCGCACGCGGCAUGGGGCCAGAGGGCGCUGCGGCGCAACAAGACAGCGUCGGCUGCACCAGCACGGCCGCGCUCGCGGCUGCAGCUGCGGCUGCGGCCGGUCCGGGAAGCGUCGCGGCCAGCAGCGGCGGCGGCGGUGGCUCCGAGUCGUCCGGAAGCGGAGGGGGCAACCCCCGGCCGCGUGCAGCCGUAUACGAAGAUGCGGCGGCGGUUGCCGGCCGCUACAGCGCCGCCGUCGCCACCCGAUGGUACCGCGCCCCGGAGUUGCUGUACGGCGCGCAGCAGUACGACGGCGCGGCCGUCGACAUGUGGGGCGCCGGCAUGGUCUUUGCCGAGCUGCUGGGCUUGGCCCCCCUGAUACCAGGCAGCAGCGACAUCGGGCAGCUCGCGCUGAUGCAGCAGCUGCUAGGCAGCUUCUCGACCUUAGAGUGGCCUGAGUUAGCGCAGCUGCCGGACUGGGGCAAGGUGCUCUUCGAGGAAAGCAGUGGUGUUGGACUGGCGGCGCUGCUGCCCGAUGCGCCAGAGGAUGGACUGGACCUUUUAGGCCACAUGUUGAGAUACCCCCCACACGGCCGCCCCUUCGCGGCCGCGGCGCUGGCGCACCCCUACUUCUCAAACGCGCCGCCCCCAGCCGGACCCAGAGAGAUCCUCCAAUUUUCAGACGCGGCCCUCUCGCGCCACGACCACAUCACGCAGCGCCUGGCAGCGUUGGGCAGCUGA